AUGUACGGGGCACCAAAAAGCAAGGCGAUGGAGACAGCUGUCCUGUUCAUUGUCCAGCCAGAGAAUUUCAACGUAGCUGACGAGCGGCCAAUUGAGUAUGCGCUGUGGGACCAGGACAUCCCGGCAUAUCGGGUGGAAUGGGGCAACGAGAUGCUCAAGUAUACUUCUUUGAGCGAUACGAAGGAACUCCUCUUUCACCCUCCGUGGCGGGGAUCGCAAAAGCCAGUGGAGGUGUCCGUGGUCUAUCUGCGCGCUGGACACGAGCCUCACGAGUAUGACGAGCUGGGAAAAGAAGCGCGUCUACGACUGGAACGGUCCCGAGCAAUCAAAUGCCCUUCUCUGUUGGCACACAUCUUGACCUUCAAGAAAGUGCAACAGACUCUCACAGCGCCAGGUGUCCUGGAGAUAUUCCUUGCGCCGGAGAAAGUCGCAGCAGUCCGAGCAACGUUCGUACCCAUGUAUCCGUUGGAUGAGUCUGAAGCUGGUCAGCAUGCCCGCAGUUUGGCAACAGAUCCCGAACGUGCGGAGGAUUACAUUCUAAAGCCUUCUUUGGAAGGCGGAGGACACAAUAUCUAUGGGGCUGACAUCCCGCAAUUUCUGUCUUCAAUUCCACAAUCCAGUUGGGGCGCGUACGUAUUGAUGGAGCGGAUACCAUCUCCAUUGGUGGGCAAUAUUCUUAUGUCCUCAGAUGGGAUUGACUCUGCGGCCGUGAUAUCGGAGCUCGGGAUAUUCGGAACGUGCCUGUGGCAAAAAGUAGGGGACCGCUGUGAGCUUCUGCGAAACUCGACGGCCGGGUGGUCAUUGAAAACCAAAUACGCGGACGUUGAUGAGAUGAGCGUGGUCAAAGGUUAUGGGUGCUUUGAUACACCACUGUUGUUUUGA